UUGAAAACCUAAUCCAAAUAAGCAGCCCACACAAUAGAAACGUUGAUGAUCUCUCAACCACCAAUCCAGCAACAAGAAAUUCCUCCCUCCACAAAUUUCAUCAAAUAAAAUUGGGGUCAAAAUAAAUCGACCAUUUUUUGUUUCUUGGAAAGUUUUCAGUUUCCCACCCUCUGUAUCCCUACAAUGACCACCUUACCUUCACAAAACCUGCAAUCGGUGCGACCUCUAUAUUUUUCUUCAAUUAAUUCUCUUAAAUUUGGAUCUCAAAUUCCUUCAUUAAAAUUCCCCAUUUCUUCUCCUAUAAAACUAAAACCAGCCAAGCUUUUCACAUGCAAUAAUGGCACCAACAACUCUGGGGUCGUGGGAAAAGCCUCUACCUCUGAAUUCAGUGCAGAUAUAGGUGACGUCCUUGGGGAUGUUACCAUUUUCACUGCUGCUGAUCAGCCUGUCAUUCUCAAAGACCUUAGGGACCAAAACCAAGGAAUUGCAGUUGUUGCACAUCUACGCCAUUUCGGAUGCCCUUCUGGGAACUUGGUUUAGAAUUGAAAGAAGCAAAAGCAAGAUUUGAAUCAGCUGGAGUUAAACUGAUUGCAAUCGGCGUUGGUACACCUAACAAAGCACGUUUGCUUGCAGAACGGCUACCAUUUCCAAUGGAUUGCCUUUACGCUGAUCCAAACCGAGAGGCAUAUGAUAUUUUGGGCCUAUAUUAUGGCUUUGGUCGUACAUUUUUCAACCCAGCAAGUGUCGUGCAGACUAAAGUGUUUUCAAGAUUUGAGUCCCUGCAAGAAGCUGUAAAAAACUACACAAUUGAGGCCACCCCUGACGAAACAAGUAGUGUACUGCAACAGCUACCGAUGAUCCAGUUUCCUCGAGAGCGAAGGAAAAAGCUUAAGUCACUGACGAAUAGUUCAAAAUUUCCUCUAGGUGUAUUUUGAGAUCUUGUACUCAAAGUCAUCGACAUCCAACCUACAAAGUUUGUAUAUUUUGUUAUGUUUCAAGUUGGCAUGUACUUGGUUUUUAGUAAAGUCAUUUGGCUAUAGUUAUGUAUGUGUGACAUAAAAAAUUAACUUUUUGGUUGCUAUAAUUAUAAUAUUAUUAA